AUGAAAACCCAUACGACUUUCCUAAAAAGCAUUUCCGGAUUUGCCAUUGCAGGUGAUGAAGAGCGGACAUCCGGUGCUGUUUUCCAGUUGCUGGUACGUGAACUACAUCAAGUACUGAACGGACUGGCCGAGGUCGGCGAUAACAGUUUGUUCUUGGGAGGCGAGGCCUGCAUGUGGGGCGAGUUCGCGGACGAAACGAACUUAUUGCCACUCACGUGGCCCAGGACCAGCGCAGUGGCCGAAGUGCUCUGGUCACACACUCUAAACGAGACUGAAGCCAAGUACAGGAUCGAGGAACACGUUUGCAGGAUGAGGCGUAUAGAGGAAUACCAGCUGAGCCUGCCAACGGACCUAGCUAUUGUCAUUACUAGAACCAUUAUUAUAUAG